UUAAUAAGUGUCGGCUACUCGAUAAUAUUGUCGAUAGUUUUUACAUUUUAUGUUUAAUAAACACAGCCGGCGUAUAUUUUAGAUAAAAACAAAAUGAUUUCCGACGUGCAACUGGCUAUAUUUUCCAAUGUUCUGGGAGUGUUUCUGUUCCUCCUUGUCGUGGCGUAUCACUAUAUAAACGCCAACACCGGCAAGUCCAGCAUUAAGAACAAAUGAUCUUCAAUGUUUCCACAAGUUAAUUAACAUGUUUAUUCUAUCUACUCUAAAAAACCAACAGUUUAAAUUAAUAAAAUGGUAAUAU